AUGAUAUCAAGCGUGUUCAUAUUCGAAAUAGCCCUCGACCACGUCCACCAAGUGGGGGAAGCACGCCAUGGGGCCCAGAAGAUCUUUGGCUUCAACGUGGUCGUACUGAUGCAUCACCUCCACAAGCUUCAUCCGAGCUCCCGUAUCCAUCUGAAAGGUGUCCUGGAGUGGUCUUUUACCCGUCCAGCCCGAAAAAAGCGUGCCACAUGGGGUAUCACCAACGGGAAGAAAUUUGACACCGUCGAAGAGAGGAACUGA